AAAUAACAAACUUGUUUUAUUAUGAUAAUCGUUCUAUCGGCUGCGGUGAAUUUCAAAUUGUUAGUUUUCGUUCUUUUUAGCUGAACUGGAAUCAAAGAUCAAACACGAUUGGGAUUUUCAUGAAUACGAGAAUACGGACUUUAUUUACCUUAUCCCGAAAAUUUAAAUGAGACGAACAAACCUGUUGACUUGAGAUUUUUCACAUAGAAACCAGUACGGAAGGUAUUUUUAUGUGGGAUUCGCGAAUAAACGAUUCAAGAUGAAAUUGUAUUGCUUGUCUAGUGAACCAACUAAACCAUGUUUGGUUCUGAGCUUUAAAGGAAUCACACUGAUGUUAGACUGCGGCUUAAAUAUGCAGUCUAUUUUACAUUUUAUGCCUCUGCCCAUGGUUCCCAGUAGCAAAUUUAAUUCUUUACCGACGUGGAUUCCACGUGACAAUCAGCAAGAUUGGCAAAUUGAAGGGGAGUUGAAGGAAUGCUGCGGCAGGAUCUUUGUGGAUUCAACUCCAGAAUUCUCUCCCCCUCUGGAAAAAAUAAUAGACUUCUCUGAAAUUGAUGCUAUUCUAAUAUCUAAUUAUACUUGUAUGCUUGCAUUGCCAUUUAUAACAGAAGGCACUGAGUUCAAAGGUAUAAUAUAUACUACCGAGCCCACAUUGCAAAUUGGACGAUUCUUCAUGGAGGAAUUGGUGGAAUUUAUUGAGCAAACUCCAAAAGCAACUAUGGCCAAACACUGGAAGGAAAUGUUGCAUGUGUUGCCUCCUCCGUUGGCGGAUGUAGUUAAACCAAAAUCUUGGAGGCAUAUUUAUUCUGUGGCAGCCAUAAACUCGGCAUUGUCAAAUAUUCAGCUGGUCGGGUACGAUCAGAAAUUGGAUAUAUAUGGCGCUUUAACAGUUACGCCUAUCAGUUCUGGAUAUUGUUUAGGAAGCAGCAAUUGGCUGAUAUCAUCCGAUCACGAGAAAGUCGCUUUCGUUAGCGGUUCGUCCACGUUGACCACUCAUCCAAAACCCAUGGAGCAAGCGACGUUGAAGCAAGCUAACAUGUUGAUAUUGACAGGUUUAACUCAAACGCCAACUGCUAACCCCGAUACAAUGCUUGGAGAAUUAUGCAUGACCGUUGCUGUGACUCUCAGGGCGGGGGGGUGCGUUCUGAUACCCUGUUAUCCUUCCGGCGUGGUAUACGACUUGUUCGAAUGCCUGAGCACACAUCUGGAUAAGUCGGGCUUCACCCAAGUGCCUCUAUUCUUCAUCUCGCCGGUAGCGGAAACGUCGUUGGCCUACUCGAAUAUACUCGCCGAAUGGCUCUCGACAAAUAAGCAAAACAAAGUUUAUCUUCCAGAGGAACCGUUCCCUCACGCUUUCCUCGUGAAGAACGCCCGCUUGAAGCAUUUCACGUCUACGUACGCGGAAGGGUUCAGCAAUGAUUAUCGGCAACCCUGCGUCGUUUUCUGCGGCCAUCCCAGUCUCAGAUUCGGCGAUGCUGUGCAUUUCGUGCAGUUAUGGGGCAGUAAUCCUUUGCACACUAUCAUUUUUACAGAACCCGAUUUCCCGUAUUUGGACGCUCUCGCGCCGUUCCAACCGUUAGCCAUGAAAGCUGUACAUUGUCCUAUCGACACGUCUCUCAACUUUACCCAGGCCAACAAACUUAUACGAGACCUGAAGCCAGAACAUUUGGUAAUACCGGAAUGUUACACGCAGCCCCCCUUAACGGCUCCGCAUAGAAUGGAUCUGGUCAUCGAACCAGUGGGAGAAAAACCUUUAAUUACAUUCAAACGCGGAGAAGUGAUAAAAUUGCCGUUAAAGCGGAAAAAAGGCCGCGUGUUCAUUGAGCCGGAACUAGCGGGAAGCAUUGUGCCGAGUGAAGUACGACCAGGGUUGAGUUUAGCGUCCGUUACUGGCGAGCUGGAAGUUAAGGAUAACGUGUAUACUAUAAAGGCUAUAGAAGAUCGGCCGAGUGCUAAGAGGAAGGCGUCGUCGAGUUCGCCAGUGCCCGUGAAGGAGGAGGUACUUAAAGAGAGAAAACACGAGUACGGAAAUUUAGAUCCACAGGAGCUACUUCAGAAGCUUAAUCAAGAGGGAUUUCAGGGCGCUAGGUUGCAACACACCCCUACAGCCACGAGUAUACACUUGCAAGAUGAAGACACUCUGAUUCAGAUCGGGGACAAUUCAACGCACAUAUUCUGCAAUGGUGAUCAAAAGAUCCGUAGACGUCUGAGAACUAUAAUAAUGCAAUGUCUGAAAAGGUUUUGAGGUACAAAUCUUUAUAGUAUUCUGACAUUCUCCAAUAUAUAUAUUUUAUAUUACGACAGGGAGAUCGACAUCAUAUGUAUAAUUUAUUAUUUUGAAAGGAUUGUUGUAUGUACUUUUAUAUCCCUUUUUACUGCAAGAUAUUGGACGAUUAUUGUUUCGAAAUGAUUAAAAAAUUUUCUAUCGUCUUAUUUUGUCAAACAGUACGACACAGGAGAAAUGUGAGUAUCUAUGAAAAGGUUUUUAAGUAUGUUGAAAUAAUAUUACAUUUGUAAAAAUUUCAUAAAUACAUAUAUUCAGAUGAUCCAUUUAAUAAUCACUAUAUA